AUGUAUAAUUAUCGAUAUAAUCGAUUUUCUCUUCUUUUCCUGACAAACUACUUUCCCGAUGGUCAACUAUUAAAUGCCUUUUUGGAUGAUGGUUGUAUUUUAGCACGAAUUAUACAUGAAAAAUAUCCACAUUUGACAAAUAUGAUACAUGGUAUCAUUAAUGUUAGUGAUAGUGUAACAAAAUCAAAAUUUGAUAAUAAUUAUGCUUGUGGUGAAAGUCUUAUUGAUGGUAUUAAACGUGCUAUAGAUAUCAUGAUUGGAGGAAAAGUAAUAGUACUUAUUGGAUAUGUUAUUGUUACUGAAAUCGAUCCAAUUUGUGCUUUACAAGCUGUUAUGGAUGGUUAUCAAGUAACAACAAUGGCUGAAGCUUGUAAAAUCACAAUAGUUAUACAAUCGUUCAAAGAGUAUCAAUAG